UUUCUCUCCUCUCCACCAUAUUAUCGCAAUGGAAGGUGUCGAUAUUGUCGAAUCGCCGCGUAAGCGCAUCAAGACGGACAAUGCCACCGCGACCAAUGAGUCGGUGAUUCCCCCGUCCGACGCUCAGCCCGCCGCGGCCAAAUCCGACGAAGAUGCCCAGGCAGCGAAGGAGAUGGAGGUCGGGAUCACGGCUUUCGUCAGCUCGGAGAACCAAGGUUUCGCAGGUGUCUUGAAGAAAAGAUAUACCGAUUUCCUUGUCAACGAGAUCCUGCCGUCGGGCGAGGUUUGCCAUCUGCGGGACGCGCCCGUGCCUCAACCUCGUGCGAAGCCGACUAGCGACACUGCCCAACCGACGAACAAAACAGCUGAGGGGGAAACAAAGCCGGAAGAGGUUAAGAAGCCGGAGGAACCCGAGUCUGCCGCUGGAAAUGAUGUCUCCGCUGGGAAUGAUACCCCCGCAUCGGAGAGCACACCCGUCAUUGAGUUCCACAUUGCAGACGAAGACCUGGCACUCUUGGAGUCGCUUUUUGGUGCCGACUCCACAGAGAAGAUCAUCUCGCUUCACAAGCGUGCGUUGGCCAAACUCAGGGCCCGGCCCAGCGAACUCGGACGAAUCCCAACUUGCGUCGUUGAUGACCGCGACGUGCGCAUCAAAAUGCAUCAAGCAAUUCGCCGCAUUUUCAACUCCCAGCUCGAGUCGUCCACCGAUCAUGAUGGCUUGAUGACCAUCUCCGCCGCUCCCAACCGCAACAAGGCCAGCCGUGGACCCAAGGGCGAGGGCGACAAGCAUACCCAGCGGGGCCGGAUCAACUGGGACGAACUCGGCGGUCCUUAUCUGCAUUUCACCAUCUACAAGGAGAACAAAGACACAAUGGAGGUGCUCUCCUUCAUUGCACGCCAAUUGAAGAUGAACCCCAAGAACUUCCAGUUUGCGGGUACCAAGGACCGGCGCGGGGUGACGGCGCAGAGGGCUUGCGUUGUCCGCCUGCAAGCCGAUCGCCUUGCCAGGAUGAACCAGGUCCUCCGCAACGCCAAAGUGGGCGACUUCGAAUACCGCAAACACGGCCUGGAUCUGGGAGAUCUCUGGGGCAACGAGUUCGUUGUGACCCUGCGCGAAUGCGAAAUUCCCGGUGUCAACCCCCAGGAUUCCGAGACCGCCGUCUCAACCGCCACGGAACUUGUCGGAACUGCGCUGCGGAACCUCCGCGAACGCGGCUACUUCAACUACUACGGUCUCCAGCGGUUCGGCACGUUCGCGACGCGAACCGACUCCGUCGGCCUGAAGAUGCUGCAGGGAGACUUCAAGGGCGCCUGCGACGCCAUCCUCCACUACAGCCCGCACAUCCUCGCCGCGGCUCAAUCCGGCUCGGACAACACAACAGUCAGCUCAGACGACAGGGACCGCGCCGUAGCGCUCUACCUCUUCGAGUCCACCGGCCGCAGCGCCGAAGCGAUGGAAAAGCUCCCGCGUAAAUUCUACGCCGAAGCAAACCUCAUGCGGCACCUCUCGCGCAGCAAAACCGACCACCUCGGCGCCCUGCAAACCAUCCCUCGCAACCUACGCAUGAUGUACGUGCACGCAUACCAAUCCCUCGUCUGGAACUUCGCCGUCGGCGAGCGCUGGCGCCUCUACGGCGACAAAGUCGUCGAAGGCGACCUCGUCCUCGUCAACGAACACCGCGACAAAGAAGAAGAAACCAUCAUCGCAGCAACACCCGCCGUAGACGCCGACGGCGAAGUGAUCAUCGCGCCCCAAGCGGACGACAGCGCCUGCGCCGCAGACGACAUGUUCACGCGGGCGCGCGCGCUAACCGCCGCCGAGGCCGCCAGCGGCAAGUACAACAUCUUCGACGUGGUGCUGACCCUCCCGGGCUACGACGUCGUGUACCCACCCAACCAGAUGACAGACUUCUACAAGCGCUUCAUGGGCAGUGAGCAAGGCGGCGGCCUCGAUCCCUUCGACAUGCGCCGCAAGUGGAAGGAAGUCAGUCUGAGCGGGAGCUACCGCAAGUUGCUGAGCCGUAUGGGGCCGGAUUACUCGGUUGAGGUCAAGCCUUACGCGCGCGACGAGACGCAGUUUGUGCAGACUGAUCUGGAGAGACUCCAGUCUGCUGGUGCCGAGGGCGGUGCUCCCGCUGAAGGCGGCGCGGAAGAAGCCAAGGAGGACAAGCUUGCUGUUGUGCUCAAGUUUCAGCUGGGGUCUAGCCAGUAUGCCACGAUGGCGCUGAGAGAGCUGACGAGGGGCAAGGUUAAGGCUUAUCGGCCGGAUUUUGGAAGUGGGCGGUAGGCUCUACUCUACUACCCUG